CAUCGUGUGCUUCUUGAAUCCGGGCGCACGAAUAGGCAAUAGGAGAUAUUUAGUAAAUAAAACGGCUUCAAAAUGCCCAUGAAAGGGAGAUUUCCGAUCAGAAGGACUCUUGAAUAUCUCCAGAAGGGCGACAUCGUGUUUAAAGACAAGGUGAAGAUCAUGACGGUGAAUUACAACAUUCACGGAAAGCUGGGCGAAGGAGCAAGAAAGUUUGUGUUCUUCAAUAUUCCCCAGAUCCAGUACAAAAACCCGUGGGUCCAAAUCAUGAUGUUCAAAAACAUGACACCGUCGCCUUUCGUAAGGUUUUACCUGGAUGAUGGUGAGCAGGUGUUGGUGGAUGUGGAGGGGAAGGACCACAAGGAAAUCUCACAACACAUUAAGAAGAUUUUGGGCAAAUCAGAACAAAAGUUACAAGAAGAGGCUCAGGCCAAGAUGCAGGCUUCCAAUCCUGCCAACUUUGGCCUAAAGAGGUACUGUUUGAGGGAGUGCAUCUGUGAGGUGGAGGGCCAAGUGCCGUGUCCUGCAGACGUACCACUGCCGAAGGAGAUGACGGGCAAACAUCGGGCUCGGAUGGCUGGCUCAAACCAAGAUUGAGAGGCGGAUGUUUGUAGUCUGAUUGGACAAUAUGUUGGCUGUUUUUUUUUUGUUUUUUUUUUGAAGAUGGAUGUUAGUGGACAGACUGGGACUCAACCAAAAGCAGGAGGAACCCAUCAACACGACCAAUUUGUGCAAAUGUACUUUUGAUUUCCCGGAUCCUGUUAACAGUGACAUUAUUUGCUGAUGUGUCUCUGGUGUUUAUUAUUCUUUUUUUAAUCUCACCAUUAAUAAAGUCCAGAUUCUGAACAGUAUGAGAUACAAUGAUCAGCCACCUGCAGGCGAAGAGAGAACUGUCUGGAUCCUAGUCCUCUGCUUACCCUCAUGUUCAAUAAAUUAUCUAAAAUCAACAAAAUGCACCAAAUAAAAUGGUUCACUACCUCAGUGGAAUAAAGUCAACUUAGAUUCAACCUAAUAAAAUCAAGCAAGCUGUGACUGAUCGGUUUAUUUUUCCCAC